GGUGGGAAUUCCGAACCCUCUCAUGCUCUGCCGCGCCGCAGCUGAGAGCCAAAGGAGCAUCUUCCCCAUCGUAUACCGCCGCCUGCUCUCCGGCCGACGUCACUCCCGACCCAUAGAUUCCCUCACCACUUCCAUCCGCCCAUUUCCAGAAUACUCCCCCAAGAAGCCUUCCAUCCACGACGCUGACCUCGUACGCAGCGUCGUCACCGCCCUCAAGCAGCGCCGGUUGGAGCCUGCAAGCGAAGUCCUAGGUCAUUUCGCCACCGGUUUUCGCCCCGACCACCUCAUCUGGUCCCUCCCGAACCUCCGCUCCGACCCCGACCUCGCCCUCGCGCUCCUCGACUGGUUCCGCUCCUGCAGGGGCCCCGUCCCAGCCGAGGCCCUUGCCAUCGGUGCCCACCUCUCCGUUGUCUCAGCUGACCUCUCUGGCGCACGCCGUUUGCUCCGCGACGGCCUACUCUCCUAUCGUAAUUUUGUUGGUCGGGUGAUCUACACCUACAAGUACUGGUCCUCCACCCCUGCCGUCUAUGAUUUGCUCUUCCGUGCCAUCGUUGAUAUCAAUAGGCUCGACGAGGCACGCGCCUUGUUCCGCCACUUGGUCACUUACGGAAUCAUCGUGUCCUCUGAUUCUUGUAAUGCGUUGCUUGCUCGUCUGACGCUUGACCAUUUGCAGAGUACAUUUGCCGAGUUUCAGGAACUUGGUCUUCGAUGGGACAGUAAGUCUCAUAACAUCCUAAUUCACAGUCUCUGCUGCGCUGGAAAGACUCAAGAAGCUCAUGAAGUCCUCCUUGGGAUGAAAGGCAAUGCGGAUGCUUCACCUGACGUCAUAACCUUUAGCACCCUCAUUCAAGGAUAUUGUAACGAAGGGGAGCUUCCUAGGGCCAUGGAGUUGUUCGAAGAAAUGAGCAACAAGGGCUUAGCUGCCAAUGCCUUUACAUAUAACAGUAUAAUCACUCUCUUAUGCAAGGAUGGUAAGUUAGUAGAUGCAGAUAGGAUGUUUGUGGAAAUGUUGCACCGUGGCGUAGCUCCAGAUCGUGCUAUAUAUACUACUCUGAUUAAUGGCUACUCCAAAAUCGGUAAUCUGAAUGCAGUGUAUCGGCUUGUUGAAGAAAUGAAGAAAAGCCAACUGGUUCCUGAUGCAAUGACUUAUACUUCAGUGAUAUAUGGACUCGCUAGGAGUGGAAAGAUGGCAGAAGCAAAUAAAAUGUUGCAAGAGAUGAUUAACAGAGGGUGGAAUCCUGAUGAAGUUACUUACACUGCAUUGAUUGAUGGCUACGGCAAGGAAGGAAAGAUCAAAGAUGCCUUUUAUCUCCACAAUGAGAUGCUUCGGGCAGGUUAUGUUCCAAAUGUAGUCACAUACACUGCAUUGGCAGAUGGCCUUUGUAAACACGGGGAGGUAGAGGCCGCCAAUGAACUCUUGCAUGAGGUGUCUGGAAAAGGACUAGAGCUCAAUGAAUUCACCUACAAUUCAUUGAUAUAUGGCCUUUGUAAAGUUGGUAAUAUAGAACAGGCAGUGCAGAUCAUGGUGGACAUGGAAGCGGCAGGACUUCGGCCAGAUGCUUACCCUUAUACCACUCUCAUGGACGCUUAUUGCAAAUCAGGCAACAUGGAUCAGGCCCACAACCUUCUUAGAGAGAUGCUGGACAGAGGUAUUCAACCUACUAUUGUUACUUUUAAUGUUUUGAUGAAUGGCUUUUGUACUGCUGGGUUGUUGGAGGACGGGAGGAGACUUUUGGAAUGGAUGGUCAAAAAAAGUAUAAUGCCAAACACGACAACCUACAACUCUCUUAUGAAGCAAUAUUCCAUGGAGAAAAAUAUGAAGACUGUGACAGAAAUCUACAAAGAAAUGUGUUCUGGUGGAAUAAUGCCUGAUGAGAACACGUACAAUAUUUUGAUCACUGGACAUUCGAAAGCUCGAAACAUGAAGGAAGCUUGUUAUUUCCAUUGCGAAAUGGUUAGCAAGGGAUUCAGUCUCAGAGCUACUUCUUAUAAUGCAUAUAUCAAAGGGCUUGUUAGGAAGAAAAAGUUCACGGAAGCUAGGGGAUUAUUCAAAGAGAUGAGAUCAAGAGGUUUUGUUUCUGACAGAGAUAUCUACAAUAUUUUCAUUGAUAUUAAUUACAAUGAACAAAAUGUGGAGAUGACACUUGAACUUUGUGAUGAGGCAAUGCAAAAAUGCUUUCAGGAAUCUGAGCUUUGAGAACAUGCAUUUGGUUUCAAACUGAAAAAUAUAAACUUCACAUGGAGUGAGCUUCUAUGACAUGCAACUGUUAUGUUGUAAGGAGAAGAAUUCAUGACAUCAAUGACAGCGAUUGAUGAUGGAAGAUCAUCUCAUCAACUUACGUGAUCAAUUGUCUCGUUCACAAGAUGUAGAGACUGCCCUGACAUCUUGUCAGAGUUGAUUAACAGGACGAUCGUGGACAUUGCCUCAGGUUACCUUUACUUCUACUCAGCCAUUCUUCAUAACCAAAUGACUUCAAUAAUCUGAAAAUUCAAUUGUUCGUUAACCAAUGAACUGAUAUCUGAAACUUUCAAAGAAAUCCAUAAAAGCCAUGGAGAACAUUUCAAAAGAUAUCAACCUCUGGGUAGAGCUGACGCCACAAACCGUUUAUGCCCCUUUAUUUGAUGAAAGAUAAAGAGACGUUUCCAACAAAGAUAAAAUGUCCAAAAACAUUUUACACAUUUGCUUCCGAGAGGUGAAAUUCCAAUAAUGAUCAUCAUGUUUAUCACAUGCGUUCCUUUCUAAUGGUGCGAAAUUAAUUCUGAUUUCAAGAUGAUUAAGAACAUGUCAUUUUUUUUUCAAUGUAGAUUAUGCUACAUUGCAUAUUGGAUGUUGCUCGACUUUUGGAUACAUUUGUAAUGUUAUAGUUUCAAGAGGUGUAAUAGUAAUUUUAUAUCAAUAAACUUUAUAAAAUAGUG